AUGAACAACGACCAGUCACAUUUGACGGAUAAUACGCAGGAUCUUGCGAUGCAAGAAACGGAAGAAGCAGCCAUGCUGCAUAUGUGGAGAACUAUGGGAUAUGGAGAAACACCUGAUCUUCCGAUUUACGAACGUCACUCUAUCCCCGCUGUCGCAGAACACACUGAGCCCAUCGCCCCUGCUAUCACUCUUACCACGCCUACGCCGUCGUCUUCACAAGAAGCAUCAGCUAUAUCUCCAGGGAAUAGGUCCAGUGCAGCCUCUGAAGAGGAUAUAUGCCCACCUGCUGCGCCCAAUCAGUCUCCCCCGGAGGUGUAUCAAUCUUCUUCUCUGCCUACCAACCCUCUCCAGCAUUCGGGAUCACCGCCUACAAAAUCCUCUGGUUCGUCACUUCGUUUUGUUCCGCGACCAAGUCAAGACUACGAGGCUAUGCUGCAAGCCAUGGCGACUGGUAAGUUUGACAUCCCUAUCUUCGGGGCAGCAGGUGCAGCCUUCAUGAAUCGCCCGCUUCCAGGGACGCCCAUACCGAAGAACAGGAAGCGAAAGUAUGCUGAGAUACCGCAUGACACAGACGGUCACGAAGUUGAGAGCACGUCAAAGGAACCAGCGAGAAAGAAGAAGACUGCCAAGCUUAAGAGUUCUACCUAG